AUGAAAGGAAAAGGACCAAAAGAGAUGCCGCUUAAUUCUCGGCAAUGUCGCUCUCCCAUGCCCGAGCGAGGGAUAUUGAUCCUGGAAGCCUUUAACAACUUAUCUGAUUCAAUGACCACGGAGGCACCUACUCCAUCUUUUCAAUGGAUUGUCAAUACUGCAGGAGAAAAGGCACAUAAUGAAUCCAUCCAGAUCAGUGAGGAAUUCUCGAUGGAGUUUCUCCAGGAUCGUGUAGCCACCAGAGGGAUUCUCCCAAUGCCUAGUACAGUUCAGGUUAGUGAAAAGAGAGUUGGACAUGAUAAUGAUCAAAAUCAUCAGAUAAGGUAUCAGGAUAUUGCUCAUAUUCUUGGGUUAAGGAGAAUGGAUUCUGAGUGUGCUUCUGAUGUUUCUGACUUUGCAUCUGCAAAAGGUUCUUUAAACGAGACUGAAAAUGGGGCAUAUGUUGAUAAGUUAAGCAGAUGUAACACAGAAGAUGUUGAUACUGAACAAAGAUCAAGGAAGGCUUUUGCUGAAUUGAAUUGUGAUUGGGGAGGUGGUUUGGUUCAGACUGCUUUGCCCAGUUGUGCAUUAGAAUCAUCUCAUUCCAGUAACUUUAAUGGGCCAAAUGUUUUAGGUAGAUCUCCCUCUGGAAAGAUGAAGCUCCUCUGCAGUUUUGGGGGGAAAAUUUUGCCGAGGCCAAGUGAUGGGAAGCUCAGAUAUGUUGGGGGAGAGACCCGCAUUGUCUCCAUCAGUAAAAAUCUCUCAUGGGAAGAACUUGUGAAGAAAACUUCAGGGAUUUGUGAUCAACCUCACUCCAUCAAAUACCAGCUUCCAGGUGAGGAUCUCGAUGCUCUUAUAUCAGUUUCGUCCAAUGAAGACCUUCAGAAUAUGAUUGAGGAAUACCAUGGACUUGAGAGGCUUAAGGGUUCCCAAAGGCUUCGAAUGUUUUUAAUUCCUUUUGGUGAAUCUGAAAGAUCAUCAUCUUUUGAGGAAACUGCUAUCCAGCAGACCAACCCCGACUACCAUUAUGUUGUUGCUGUCAAUGGCAUCUUAGAUCCUAGUCCUAGGAAAAACUUUGGUCGACAGGGUAUGGAAAGUGAAGCAAGUCAACCUGUAAUCAGCUGGGAUCAUGGUCUGAGCUUCCACAAGCAGGUACCAUGUUCCUUACUUCCUUUGGAAACUAAGGGUUUUUCUAAUGCUUUUCACCCUACUCAGUUUUCAAAUGAAUCCCAGAAUAUAAUCAGAUCUCCUCAUAUAUCUCCUCCAAUUUCUCCAAUUCCAUUACAGCAUGGAGAUUCCCGGACUGCUCAUGAACAGUUGCAUGGUAAUAGCUCCAGUAUUGAGAGCAGUAGCUCCUUAGUUACUGCUCAAUUACCGCUUGUGAGCUGCAGCACCGACACUGCUGGUUACAAACAACCCAUGGAGCGGCCAGUAAUUUUGAUGAGUAAUCACCAACUGUCCAAACAGGUUGAUGUUGGACAGCCAGACCAGCAUCACAAUCAUAAUCUUAGCAAAGAACUUGUGUCCCCUGCAGUUAUUUAUCCAAAUGAUGACAAUUUUGAUGGCCCUUCUUUCAAGAGACCUGUGCUUAGCGAAAGGGCAUUCCUCUCAGAGAAGCCUAUCGCAAGCACUAAUGAUCCUCUGGGUAUGUCAUCAGGAUCUAUUGACUCCGUUGAUUCACACCAUGGAAUGCCUCAUGCAUUUUCUGAUUCGAAGCUGCAAGAGCUUGGAGGGAUGUCUGCCUGCUGUUCACAAGAGGGAAUGAGCCCGUUAUCACCCUUGAACUUUGCCAAGACACAAUCAUCUUCAAUGCUAAUUUCAAGUGCUUCACAAGCAAAGCCCAUUCAACUGCAAGGGAAUACCAAUUUUGCCAAUCCUCAGGUAGAAAGUAAGUUACUGGAUAUAGAACCUACUGGCUCGCAAAGUAGGACGGAUUUCCUGAAUUUUUCUCCAUAUUCAGAAACAACUGGCAGGAAUCAAACUAUUCAGAAUGCUGCUACCAACAUGGAGGACAAAUGCCAUAUUCCAAACCAUUGUGAGGAAACUUCAUGGGCUUUGGAAACAACAAAUAGAAUCGACACUGGUGAUCAAUUUUCGUAUCAAUUUGAAAAGCCUCAUGAAGAGAAAUCACCUGUUGCCAGGAUAGAAUACAGGAACAAAUUGCCUAAUGUCAACUGUAACACAAUAUUUUCUGACAUUGAUAAUCCAGCACAAAGGGUCCAAGUAUAUGCAGACAGGGUUCCUGCAUCUUCAGCCAUUGGUUUCAAUCCUUUUAUAAAAAACUUGAUGGAGCUUUCGCAGAUUAAUCAACUGGAAAAAACAUCUUCAGAUAUCCCUGCGAUGGACCAGAGGAUUGCCAAUAAUCAAUACUGCACUUUGAGUGGAAAAAUGAAUGGCGACCAAGGAAGUGGCAUUCCAUGGACCAGGAAUCCAGAAGGCAGUGAGUUGUUUCAAAAUGCCACACAGCACCCUGGUAACAAAAAUUUUCAGGUCGAUCUUAUACCUGGGUCAUUGAAUGGCCCAAUUGUCCUUGAACUUGCACAAGUUCAGCCUCUUGAAACUCAAAUUGGCAUCAGUAACAAAGAAGCGAUGCUAAUGAGCUUUCCAAAAAACUACCCAUCUGCUGUUUUUGGUGAAGCUGCUUCAAAUGCAAACUUGCAUGAGAAUAACCUCCAUGCUGCAGAUUGUGAUACCACCAAUGAUACUGCUAAUGAAAUGCACGUUUUUCUCUUGGAUGAUGACCAUGGAGCUUACCCUGAGAAGAUUGAGAAUGUGGACUUCACAGGAUCUGCUUACAGGAAUUCAGAUGUUAUGGACAUCAUGCUGGCCCAACCAAAAAUCCAAAUUAAAAGUAAAAGUACAGAUCAAAAUCAGCCGGAGCCAUUGGUUAUUGUGGAAGAUGGGACUGAUAAUGUAGCUCAAAGCAUUCAAUCUUCACUUGAGGUUGUUGCACAUGUUUCUGAUCCAACUGGCCAUAAUGGUAUAUCUAUGGUAAUCGAGUCUGAAAAAAUCUUGCCACAUGUUGCUGAUUCUAACAGCAGUGAUUUUAUAUCUCUUGCUGUAAAAGAGUUGGACGAGGUCAUCGCAUGUGUUCGCCCUGAUAUUGCUGAUCCAACCUGCAGUAAAUUUACAUCACCUACUUCACCAGAGUUGGACAGUGUAGCCUCAGAAUCCGAUUUUGAGAAUAUACAAGCUGAUGAUGGAGAUAGAGAUGAAUCAAUUAGUGAUUCAAUGAUAGCUGAAAUGGAAGCAAGCAUCUAUGGUUUGCAGAUUAUAAAAAAUGCUGAUCUCGAAGAGCUACGAGAAUUAGGAUCUGGUACAUAUGGAACUGUCUAUCAUGGAAAAUGGCGGGGAACAGAUGUUGCUAUAAAAAGAAUAAAAAAGAGCUGUUUUGCAGGGAGAUCAUCAGAGCAAGAACGGUUGACAAAGGACUUCUGGAGAGAAGCACAGAUCCUCUCAAAUCUUCAUCAUCCAAAUGUGGUUGCAUUUUACGGGGUGGUUCCUGAUGGAAUAGGAGGAACCUUGGCAACUAUAACUGAAUUUAUGGUCAAUGGGUCUCUUAGGCAUGUCCUGCUCAAGAAGGAUAGAUCACUUGAUUGUCGUAAAAAGCUUAUAAUUGCCAUGGAUGCUGCUUUUGGCAUGGAAUACUUGCACUCAAAAAAUAUUGUCCAUUUUGAUUUGAAGUGUGACAAUUUGCUUGUCAAUCUAAGGGAUCCCCAACGACCCAUAUGCAAGGUUGGAGAUUUUGGAUUAUCAAGAAUUAAGCGCAAUACCCUUGUAUCUGGUGGGGUGCGAGGAACCCUUCCCUGGAUGGCACCAGAGUUGUUGAAUGGAAGCAGCAACCAGGUCUCCGAGAAGGUUGAUGUUUACUCGUUUGGCAUUUCAUUGUGGGAGAUCUUGACCGGAGAGGAGCCUUAUGCAGAUAUGCAUUGUGGUGCAAUCAUUGGUGGAAUUGUGAAGAACACUCUCCGGCCUCCCAUUCCAGAACUUUGUGAGCCUGAAUGGAGGAAGCUGAUGGAACAUUGUUGGUCACCCGAUCCUGAAUCUCGGCCAUCAUUCAGUGAGAUAACAAAUAGGUUGCGAGCUAUGUCUAUGGCGCUUUCGACAAGACAUAGAUGA